UAAUCACCUUAACGCGGACUUCACGUGUUUUUUCUGAUUUUCAGCUCGUUUUUUGAACUCCAAUAAUCAUUGUCGAGUUCAAAACGCUGGGAAAUUCGAAGGCAUCCUGGAAGAAUUAUCGGAAUAGAAACACAGGAAAUCUCACAACUUCCAUUUUGUCAUCAGAAAUUUCGGACCCCGGGCUGAAAUGGAAAGUAAAUAAAAAUGGAUGUGAUCACUAUAAACAGAAUUGUUACCUUUUCUAUUUUCUUCGGGACGUUCUUCACAUUUUCUUUUGGCCAGUUUGACUGUGACUUUGAUUCAGGGUUAUGUGGAUGGACCCAAGAUAGCACAGAUUCGUUUGAUUGGACCUUGUUAUCUGGACCUACCUCAUCAGCCGAUACAGGACCAGGUGCAGAUCACACGACCGGAAGUGGAGAGUAUGCAUACAUCGAGACAUCAAGCCCCAGGGUUCCGGGGGAGAACGCACGUCUGACAAGCCCCUAUAACCAGGUCGUCGCCGGCGGCACAAAAUGCCUUCGAUUCUAUUACCACAUGUACGGGGCGACCAUGGGCACUUUCAAUAUUUACGUGUCAAAGGUCGGGGACCCCUUGGGUAGCCCCGUCUUCCAGAUGAUAGGGACACAGGGAGACGAUUGGAAUAUUGGACAGGUUGACAUCACACGGGGAGAUGCAGAUCGUUUUGUGGUCACAUUUGAGGGUAUUGUUGGAUCCAGCUUCACAAGCGACUUAGCCAUUGAUGACGUCAUGAUUUUCUCAGGAUAUUGUCCACAAGUGGUAGUAACCCCAAUGCCUUCCUCAAUACCGGCCUUGAUCCAAUGCGACUUCGAGGAUCCCAACAUCUGUGGCUACACCCAGGAGACUGGCACCGACGACUUUGAUUGGUUGAGACAGAGUGCGAACACGCCAUCUUCAGACACGGGCCCGCCCAACGACCACACCCUCGGAACAUCGGCUGGUUAUUACAUGUUCAUCGAAACGUCAUCCCCUCGAGUCCUGGGGGAAAAGGCACGCCUCUGGUCACCAACCCUUCAGGUAGCCGGUGGUCACUGCAUCGAGUUCUACUAUCACAUGUAUGGGAGUUCCAUAGGGACACUCAAUGUGUACAUCGUGGAGACGGGUGAAGAUGUGCUUCAGCUUCUACCAAGCUGGUCUCAAUCCUCGAAUCAGGGAAACCAGUGGUAUAUAGCCAAGUUCUUAGCACCUACUGUCAAUGAUUACCAGAUUGUAUUUGAAGGGGUCGUUGGAUCAAGUUUCACGUCUGACAUAGCAAUUGAUGACGUCAGAAUUACAGAUGGAUCUUGUCUUUCCCAAGGUGAUUGCGACUUUGAAGCGGACUAUUGCACGUGGACCAAUGACGUCACAGUUGACGACUUCGAUUGGAUAAGAAAGCAAGGCGCCACCAACGGUGAUGGACCCCCAUCCGAUCAUACACUCGGCACAUCUGCAGGGUAUUACGUAUACCUUGAUCCGACCAAUCAGAUCCCAGGUAAGACCGCUCGCAUGGUCAGUUCACUCUUCAACGCUCUGACAGGAACCAGGAGGUGUGUUACCUUCUGGUAUUAUCUGGAAGGGGUUGAUGCUGGCGCCCUCACCGUUGCGCAAGAGAGAAGUGGGUUUCCUGAUGACGUCACUGCAUGGAGGCUUGACUCGACACAGGGUGCUUUAUGGAAUUACGGACAAGUGCCUGUAGCACAAGACUACGAUUACAGGAUCGUCUUUGUAGGCGAAGUUGGUGCUUCUACACAAGGGAUUAUUGCAGUUGAUGACAUCAUUGUAAAUGACAAUAAUUGUCCAGCUGUGCCAAACAGUGCUAUUGCUGGACCAACAUUCCCGCCUUCUAGCCCGUUGCCAACCACAGCCCCACACAUAGUUAUUCCUGUUGGCCCAGCUAACUGUGACUUCGAAGGGGGUCUAUGUAGCUUCACCCAAGAUUCGGCUGAUGAUUUUGAUUGGACCAGGAACUCGGGACCUACUAAUACGGCUAAUACUGGACCAGAUGACGACCACACACACGCAGGAAGUUCCACCAUUGCAGGGUCAUAUAUGUACACCGAGGCCGAUUCUACCACCGUUGGACAGUCAGCACGCCUGAACAGCGCCCUCUUCACACCCAUCACAUCGGACUCCUGUCUGACCUUCUGGUACCAUAUGCAUGGCGAGCAAGUCGGUGUCCUCAAUGUCCUGCUUGCCUCAGGGUCUGCGGAAACACUGAUCUGGACAAGGACUGGGACACAGGGAGACCAGUGGUUGGUGGCUCGGGUGCCAGUCAGCGGAACAGCACCUGUUGGUGUUAUCUUUGAAGGAAUUAUGACCGGUGACCCUCGAAGCGACAUAGCUCUUGAUGACAUUCUUCUAGAAAAUGAUGAUUGCUUGGCCGUUACUCCCAGCCCUGGAGCUUUUAGUCCCUUCUGCGAUUUCGAGUACGGAUUUGCAGUGUGUGGGUACAGCCAGGAAGGCCUACUCGAUGACUUUGACUGGAGUCUCGGAUCAGGACCUACCGAUACUGCCCUUACAGGACCUUCUUCUGACCACACGACACGUGCGGCUAAUGGUAAAUACAUGUUCAUCGAGACAGACCCUCCCAGAGUUCAGGGCGAGAAGGCGUGGUUGUACUCCCAUACCUUUCCCGCAGCAGGAAGCCACUGUUUUGAGUUCUACUACCAUAUGUAUGGCGACAACAUCGGAUCGCUAAAUGUUCUCAUCGAGACUGGAGGCCUAUUCUCCCAGCCAUACUUCACACUGUCUGGAAACCUCGGCAACCAGUGGAAUGUUGCUCGCAUCCCAUUAAAUGUAAACGACGAUUUCCAGGUGUACUUUGAGGCCACCGUAGGGGAUGGAAUUCUGGGAAAUAUUGCGAUAGAUGACGUGGACAUGUACGCUGGGUCAUGCUUGCCACCAGGUGAUUGUGAUUUUGAGAAUGGAUUCUGUACAUGGACUAAUGAUCCUACAACUGAUGUCUUUGAUUGGUUCAGCGGACAGGGUGGAACGCCCAGUGCCAACACGGGACCAGCUGUUGACCACACCCUUGGAACCGGCCUAGGGACGUUUAUAUUUAUAGAAACAUCUUCUCCACGUGUUUCCGGAGAGACAGCCCGUUUACGGAGCCAGGCAUUCAGCGCUACUCCUUCAGGCGGCCGCUGCCUACGAUUUUGGUUCCACAUGUUUGGAACUCAAAUCGGAGCACUCAAUGUGUAUGUGGAAACUGUAGAGGGCGCUGUAAGGCAAGACGUGUGGUCGUAUGGAGGAAACCAAGGGAAUAGAUGGAAUAGCGGGCAAUUGCCUGUUAUGAGCCAGGACAACUAUGUGGUUGUCUUUGAAGGGGUCGUUGGAGUGGGCUUUGAAGGUGACAUUGCUUUGGACGACAUUACUUUCAUUGAUUCUGCAUGCGGAGUUCAACCACUAUCUGCCGAUGUCCGUCCUACCACAACUCCACAACCAUAUACUGGAACAGGGACUCCACCGGCUCCACCAACAGUUGUCGUUCCCACAAUUUCAACUCCAAUCUUCAGUUGUGACUUCGACUCGGAUUUCUGUACCUUCACCCAAGCUACCGAUGAUGAUAUUGAAUGGACAAGACUUGCUGGUAGCACGCCCUCUACGUACACAGGACCGGAGAAUGACCACACCCAAGGCACAGCGACUGGAUACUACAUCUAUACCGAAGCCUCUGGCUUCUUCAACAAUGUAGCCAGACUGGAGUCUGAACUCGUCCCCGCGACGUCCGUGAAACUAUGUGUGGACUUCUGGUAUCAUAUGUGGGGACAAGACAUCGGAACCCUCAAUGUCUAUUCUAAGGUUGGGACCACGCUGGGCCAGGUCUUGUGGACCCACAGUGGGGCCCUGGCGAGGCUGUGGUACCAGGCCCAGAUUGAGAUCAUCCCUACUGCUGAUUUCAAGGUCGUAUUUGAAGGUGUCACUGGUCCAAAUUUCGAUAGUGAUAUUGCGCUUGAUGACAUCGAUGUUUCAACAGGACAAUGCAAAGGAUUCCUUAGCUGUUCGUUCGAGGAUGCUGCAAUCUGUGGUUAUUCCCAAGGUAAUUUAGACGAUUUUGAUUGGUCAUGGAAUGCUGGUGCCACGCCCACUCUGUAUACCGGUCCGUCGAUAGAUGCUUCCACCGGAACAGCUUCAGGUCAUUACAUGUACAUCAAUGCCGGAGCCCAGCACCCGGGUGAGAAAGCAACCCUCUUGACACCGUACUUUGACCCGGCUGAUGCCGGUGACGAUGAUGUAUGCUGGACCUUCUACUAUCACAUGUUCGGGGAUCAGAUGGGCGCCCUCAACGUCAUGCUAGAAGGAGACACAACACCACUUUGGAAUCAAUCAGGAUUGGACCUCGGUGAUACAUGGUUCUUUGCCAGUGUCAAUGUUUCAAGCUCGGCCGUCUAUCGUUUGGUCUUCGAGGGCGUGGUCGGGUCUGGUCCACGGGGAGACUUGGCGAUCGAUGAUGUCGAUUAUAAGCUCGGGCCAUGUAGCGCUCUCGGUUCCUGUGACUUUGAAAGUGGAAUGUGUAUGUGGCGAAACAUUGAUUCCGAUAACUUUGACUGGCUACUCUAUCAGAGCACUACCCCGAGCACUGGUACUGGACCGAAUGUUGAUCACACCCUUGGCACCUCAUCGGGACAUUACAUGUUUGUUGAAACCUCUUCGCCUCGUAUCGCCGGGGAGCAAGCCUUACUCUUCUUAGGCACGCCGAGUCUAACCGGUCAGCGCUGCCUAGGAUUCUGGUAUCACAUGUUUGGGGUGAACAUCGGGGAGCUCGUGGUGUACUCGUCCACAGGGACAGGGAGCCUGAUACGAGAUGUUAUGUGGCUACUCGCUGGCGAGCAGAACCCGGAUCAGUUAACAUGGCUUUAUGGCCAGGUCACUGUGGAUUUCGAUGUUGUGAAUGAGAUUUACAUUGCCGCCAUUCUGACGUCGAUACCAUACGGUGACACCGCGAUUGAUGAUAUCGAUAUCACAGAGGGGGCGUGUGAUAUCCUACCAACAUACGCUGAGCCAAACACUAUCACCGGUUCUGCCUCCUGUGAUUUUGACGGCGACCUUUGUUCGUAUGUCCAGGACAUUGCUGAUGAUUUCGACUGGUCAAGGAUACAAGGAGCUACCACUUCUACUAAUACCGGUCCUACUAAUGAUCAUACAUCUGGCUCAGGGUUUUAUGUCUACACCGAGAGCUCUAGUCCACGCCUACCGGGAGAAACUGCCAGAUUGGUUUCCGCUCUUCAGAAUGGAACCACUUCUGGAGGCGGUUGCCUGGAGUUCUACUACCACAUGUACGGUGGUACCAUGGGCACCCUCAACGUCAAAAUCCUUGAGGAAUCAGGUUCAGAGACCACCAUCUUCACCAAGGGACAGAGGGAUUAUGGGAACACCUGGCACCUCUCUUCGACGAGUAUUGACUCCAAUGGAAACAACUUUAAGAUUAUCUUUGAAGGUAUCAUCGGGUCAUCUUUUGAGAGUGACAUAGCCAUUGAUGACAUCACAUACCAUAACGGAGUAUGUCCACCCUCAAGAACCUGUGAUUUUGAGGUUGGUGACUGUGGCUGGAGGCAGGAGACUGUUCUUGAUGAAUUUGACUGGGUCAGAUUACAAGCCUCUGAAGUUACUUGUGACUCAUUAAAUAAUGACCAUACUACUGGCACCCCAACAGGUUAUCUCCUACUCACAAAUGCAACAUCGCAGAAUUCUGCGGGAGAUCAAGCCCUGCUUUACAGUCCAUCCUAUGACGCAACAGAAGAAGGUGAUUGCAUGACGUUCUGGUAUCACAUACAUAAUGACCAGGAUGCAGGUUUUCUUGCAGUUUGGGAAUCCGUGGAUGGCGCCCUCAUCGGCCCCUAUUGGAAAACCGCAGUUGGAGUACAGGUGACCACGCCGGAGUGGCAAUUUGCGAGUGUGACUCUGAAAUCGAAUGCGACUUUUCAGGUUGUCCUCCAGGCUGUGCUAGGUGUGACAACGUCUCAUGAUAUAGCAUUGGAUGACAUCACAUUUGAAUAUGGAGCAUGCGCACCACCAGGUUUUUGUAACUUUGAAACUGACUACUGUUACUGGACCAACACGCAAACGGGUGAUAACUUUGACUGGACACUGAGCUCCGGGGCCACACCCAGUGUCACCACCGGGCCGAGCAAAGACCACACCCUUUCUUCACCAAAUGGUCACUACGUGUACAUUGAAACAAGUACGCUUGUGAUAGGUGACAAGGCAUGGCUGUUGAGUGAAUAUAGCCCGCCCUCUGAUGGCUGUUUUACAUUUUGGUAUCACAUGUUUGGGGCAGCUGUUGGCGACCUCAACGUUUACCUCAUUGAUGGGGUCAAUGGAAACAUGGCACUCGUGUGGAGCCAAACUGGUAACCAUGGAGACCGUUGGAUCCAAGGUCAAGUGUCAACAUCCAACUUUAAUUCUUACCAGAUAGCUAUUGAAGCGACAUACGGAGGCAACUACACAGGAGACAUAGCAAUCGAUGAUACGUUUAUAAGCUUAGAUGGACUAUGUAAUGGAACUUCUGAAUGGGACUGUGAUUUCGAAUCGGAUUGGUGCGGCUAUACGCAGGCGCAAGACGACACAUUUGAUUGGACAAGACAGAGUGGAGCUACGACGUCACUCGAUACAGGGCCGUCUAUAGACCACACCACAGGAACGGCAACUGGAUACUACGUCUUUAUCGAGACAUCUAGCCCCCGAAUCCCCGGAGACGAGGCCCGAUUCAUGAGCACACUUAUCCCCACCACCUCCCGACAGUGCCUAACGUUUUGGUACCACAUGUUCGGGCCUACCAUUGAAACUCUCAACAUCUUCACAAGAAGGAACGACUCUGCUCCAGGGUAUGUUGGUAGGUUGGUAUGGAGCGAUCAAGGGGAGAAAGGAGACCUGUGGUACCCCGGAUCCGUGGCCGUAGCUGAGCCGGUGGCAUUCCAGAUAAUAUUCCAAGCAUACGUUGGAGCUUCAUUCACGGGUGAUAUAGCCAUUGAUGAUAUCCAUAUUUCUCCUGGAGACUGCGCUGCCACACCAACUUGCAACUUUGAGAACUCUCUUAUCUGCGGCUACCAGCAAGACACGACUGACAAUUUUGAUUGGACCUAUGGGUCAGGUGAUACGCCAACGCCACUCACUGGACCAUCUGCUGACGUCACAUACGGGACAGCCUUCGGCCACUAUAUGUACAUUGAGGCAUCUCAGCCGAAUUCCCCUGGGGCUGUGGCUCGUCUGAUUGGCCCACAUAUUUCAAUGGAGAGUACCUCGGCAAUCUGUUGGAGCCUGUCUUUCCAUAUGUAUGGUCAGGACAUUGGCAGUCUAAACAUACUUACCCAAAAUGCAGAUGCGUCUACCACACUUGUUAUGUCAUUAUCUGGUAACCAAGGCAACCAGUGGUAUAGUACUGCCUUCGAGGUGACAUCCAACGGCUAUGAGAUUGUCUUUGAGGGCGUGGUCGGUCAGGGAGAAGAAGGGGAUAUUGCCAUCGAUGACGUCAAAAUGAUCGAAGGAAGCUGUGGAGGAUUAUUGGACUGUGAUUUUGAGGACCAGUUAUUCUGCCAGUGGACCAACGGACUCAAUGAUGAAUUUGACUGGAUAAGGGUACGGGGUGGUACCCCUUCGGCAUCCACCGGCCCCCUCUACGACCACACCCUUGGAUCAACAGGAUCUGGAUACUAUGUCUAUAUCGAGGGUAGUUCUCCUCAGAUCGCAGGAGAUACAGCAAGGCUUCAAAGCCCUGUUUAUACGACCGAUGGAAACGACGUGUGCUUUACAUUCUGGUUCAAUAUGUAUGGGACACAGGUCGCUGAUCUGAGACUCUACAAAUAUGAGUUGUCUUCUGGAACGACCAACCCCGCUGACCUAGUUUGGUUACUCUAUGGUCAACAGAGCACUGAUCAGACACACUGGAUCCAAGGGCAGUUUGCCCUCAAUGGAGAGUUUACGCUUGAGUUCUGGGGCGUGGUUGGUGUAGGGUUCUACAGUGACAUCGCCAUUGAUGAUAUCCUGGUAGUACAAGGGACAUGUGACGUUUUACCUCCAGAGGCCGACCCCAAUCAAGUUGGACGAGGCAUAUCUUGUACCUUCGAUGGCUCCAUCUGCACCUGGACCCAGGACAUCAAUGACGAGUUUGAUUGGUUAUUAGCCUCUGGUUCUACCCCAUCAGUCGAUACUGGACCAAGCGGUGACCAUACAUCUGGCACAGGAGGGUACAUCUUCACUGAGGCUUCUGCACCGAGACUACCCGGGGACAUCGCCAUCUUGACCUCCUCUGAAAUGGACCCCACUGGUCCUUCUGGUGGUUGCUUCGUUUGGUGGUACCACAUGUAUGGUGGUACCAUGGGAACCUUCAACGUGUACCAGGAAAACAAUGGUGUGCGGAACCAACGGUGGUCCAGGACCGGGGAUCAGACCAAUGAAUGGCUCAUGGCCCAGCUCUGGAUCAACAGCACCGACCCAACUAAGAUCCUGUUUGAGGGAAUCGUUGGUUCGUCUUGGGAAAGUGACAUCGCAAUCGAUGACAUAACUUACUCAGAGGGACCUUGUCCACCUCCACCUACAUGCGACUUUUCAGACGACAUCUGUGAUUGGUCACAAGAGUUAUCUUUGGAUGAUUUUGAUUGGUCCAUUGGAUCCGGGGCUGAUACUCGUUAUGGGCCAACGGGUACUAGUUCACUCCCUGAUAAAACUUCAGGAGUUGUUGGAGGUGGAUACGCUUACAUUGAUCUGAAAGACUCCACAUUGACUCCUGGAGACUCCGCCAUGUUAAACAGCGCCCUCAGAUCGCCACCAGACAGUGGAGCGGACUGCCUUGGUCUGUGGUACCAUAUAGACGCCGUGGAUGUUGGUGCAAUCAACGUGUACCAGCUGACUAAUGGUAGCUUGAGUGAUGUACUAUGGUCUAUUAGUGGUAACCGCGAUGACUAUUGGUGGUUUGCUGGUGUCACCAUGAUCAGUAGGACACCUUACCAGGCUGUGAUAGAGGGCGUUGUUGGUACCGGAAGCCAAGGCGGCAUUACUAUUGAUGAAGUAGGGUUUACAGCAGGUCCAUGCAAUCCACCAGGACACUGCAACUUUGAGAAUGGAAUGUGCUCGUGGCAGAAUCGAAUUGGAGAUGACCUGGACUGGGUGAGGAUAUCUAGGUCUACCAAUGCAGAUGGAACAGGACCAGCCUAUGAUCAUACAUUGGGAAAUGAUUUAGGUUUCUACAUGUUUGUAGAUACGACCCCAGACACACUGACAAUGGUCACUGGCGAUACAGCCGAUCUUUUCAGUGAGGUGUUUGAUCCUGUAGAUGAGGCUUGCUUUACCUUCUGGUAUCACAUUAGAGGAAAUGGCUUAGCAUCAUUGCUCGGUUCAACGCUUGACUUUUUGCCCCCAUCGACCCACACCCGUACUCAACAAUUCAACGAGACUGGCGACCGCGGCGAUGGCUGGCUAUAUGGGCAGUUCAACGUAUCUUCUGUGCUCGAAUACCAGAUCGUCAUCAGCGCAGUGGUCGAUCCUCUAACAUGGAUCGGUGACAUCGCUAUCGACGACACUGCUUUGUUUCAGGGAGCAUGUGGAGUACAACGUCCAUGGUCAUGUUCGUUUGAGGAUGGUCUUUGCAACUACGAGCAGCUUAGUGAUGAUGAACUUGAUUGGUCUUUCAAUCAAGGAUUAACGCCCUCUGUUGAAACGGGACCAUCGGCAGAUCAUACAACGGGUCUUGUGACUGGUACAUAUCUAUUCAUCGAGACGAGCACUGGUGCGCAGGGGGACGCUGCACGCCUGCGCAGUUCGUUCGCACCACCAAGCUCAUACUGCCUCGAAUUUUGGUAUCACAUGUAUGGCGCCACCAUCGGCUCACUCAAUGUUUACAUUCAAAACAACCAAUCAACCGCCGGUUUACCUAUUUGGACCAGAUCUGGAUCCCUUGGAAACAGCUGGACUAGGGGAUCUGUAACUUUUGUAGAUACUUAUGCUUUCAGGGUAAUUUAUGAAGCAGUGCGUGGAUCGUCAUUCACAGGUGACAUAGCCCUGGAUGACCUUGACCUUUAUGAAGGAGAUUGUAAAGCCGCCCAUGCGUGUGACUUCCAGUCCCCUGACCUAUGUCAGUACACACAAGAUGAUACGGAUGAUUUUGAUUGGUUAUGGGGUGAUGGUAGUACGGACACGAUCGGAACCGGCCCGGAUGUAGAUGCUACCUAUGGUACAGUUUAUGGAAAGUACAUGUACAUUGAUGCGACGAAUAGGAGUCUUGGAGACACAGCAAGGCUUAUAGGACCUACAUUCACCCCUGAACGAUCCGGGGUUACCUGUUGGACAUUCUACUACAAUAUGUAUGGAGCAGAUGUUUAUACUCUAGAUUUUAAGUUGCAAUCGGACCUUACUACUUCCCUUUGGUCAACAGCUGGUAACCUAGGCAACGCUUGGUAUGGACAGCAAGUUACAGUAACAUCAUCCAUUCCUUAUCACGUGGUCUUUGAAGGAACUGUCGGAUCAGGCGAGCUGGGAGAUAUCGCGAUAGAUGAUAUCGAUUACAAAGAUGGGCCUUGCGAAAAUUCAGUUUCCUGUGAUUUUGAAUCGGGUUUGUGUCUAUGGAGCAAUACACUGACAGGAGAUGAUUUUGACUGGAUCCGACAGAGUGGGGCUUCCCCGACCACAGGGACUGGACCUAUAGCAGACCAUACCUUAGGCAAUGCUCAAGGCUUUUACAUGUACAUCGAAGCAAGCUCGGUAGGCGUUGGAGCCAAGGCCCGUCUUAUCAGCUCCAUCUUCCCUUCUACUACCGGCUCCUGCAUCUCCUUCUGGUACCAUAUGUAUGGCUCCACAGUCGGGGAGCUCAAUAUCCGGGUAGUCGAUGCGCUAUCCGGGUCCGAGGAUUACAAGUGGCGGUUAUCCGGUCAGCAGACAACCGAUCAGAAUGGCUGGUUGGAAGGGAAGUUUUCGGUCAUGAAUGGGGACGGUAUGACACCAACUCCUACUUCUCAUGAUCCAUUGGUGGUGAUCAUCAUUGAGGCAUCAACCGGGAUAAGUUACUAUGGUGAUAUAGCGAUUGAUGACAUCACUGUUCAGGAUCAAGUGUGCCCAGUGUUCCCGAGCAAAGCCGACCCAACCCUCUAUGACACGGUUACCUGUGACUUUGAAAUGUCCCUAUGUGGAUGGGUGCAGGAAACCAAUGAUGAUUACGACUGGACAAGAUAUGCAGGUUCGACGUCGUCCGCAUCUACCGGGCCGACAAGUGAUCAUACGACCGGCACAGGAUAUUACAUAUACUUUGAGGCAUCAAGUGGAGUUUUGGGUAGUACAGCGCGAGUAAGAUCGUUGGAGAUACCCGCCACGCCUACAGGAGCGUGUCUCCAAUUCUGGAUCCAUAUGUACGGUACAACAAUGGGAGCGCUGAACCUGUAUCUUUACAACAUCUUCGAUGGCACAACCACUUUGGUGUGGAGACAGGACGGUACCCUAAGGAAUUCUUGGAUAUAUCAGCAGCUUGAUUUGAUAUCAAGUCAAAACUAUCAGUUAAUCUUUGAGGCAGUUAGAGGAUCAGACUUCCAAAGUGACAUCGCAUUGGAUGACAUCUUAUUUGAUUCCUCUUCUUCAUGUCCCCAACAAAAACAAUGUACAUUUGAACAAGAUUUAUGCGGUUGGCAGCAAGACAGUACUGAUGAUGGUUUAGACUGGACCAGAGGAACCGGAUCAUCUUAUCCAACCAUUCCGGUUGAUAAGAGUUCAAACACCGCAAACGGUAAUUUCAUCUAUGUGAACACACUAUUGCCACACAGCGAUGGUGACGAGGCAAGGAUCAUUAGCCCCGCCUACAACCUCUCCUCUUCUGAUUACUGCGUGCAGUUCUGGUACUAUCACGAUGGCUAUGGGUACAUCCGGCUCCAUUCACGAGAGAAUGGGGUCUUUUCUGCACCCCUAUGGACCACGCCCAUCAAUGCCAUGGGUGGAUGGGCAUAUGGUAGCGGUACCAUUACUGGAGAUAAUGUUGAGAUUGUAUUUGUUGGAUCCCUGAGCUCAGUGUAUGGAACAGCCAUGGCGCUUGAUGAGAUCAACAUCGAGUUUGGGUCCUGCCCACCACCAGGAUACUGUACAUUUGAGAGUCUUCAUUGUGGGUGGACAAAUGAUGUUAACGAUGAUUUCGAUUGGCUACUUCACUCUGGAGCCACGCCCAGUGACAGCACAGGACCUCCUUUUGACCACACCCUCGGAACAAUUCAAGGUCAUUAUAUCUACAUUGAGACAUCCAACUCUGCAACCAAUGAGAAAGCGAGAUUGGUCUCUGAAGUAUUCUCGGCCACGCCCACCGGAUGUUUCACCUUUUGGUAUCACAUGUUUGGUGCAGACAUGGGUACCUUGAACAUAUUCCUGCAAGAGCUGCCCAGCAGUCCGGAAUCUAUGAUCUGGACUCUAAGUGGCGACCAGGGCGACAGGUGGCUACUCGGGCAAGUUGAUGUUUCUUCGGGCUAUGAGCAUAUCAUUACCUUUGAGGCCAUUGAUUCAUCUAGUUUCACAGGAGAUAUAUCAUUGGAUGACAUUGCGUAUUUACCGUAUUCUUGUACAAGUAACCCUCCAACAACGACUCUCGUACCACCAGUGACUAGACAACCCAGCCAGUGGGAUUGCAGCUUUGAGGGUGGGUCCCUCUGCAGCUGGGUGCAGGGUUCUAACGACGAUUUUGAUUGGUCGUUGCAGCAAGGGUCCGGAGCCAAUGAUGGGACGGGACCAUCUGCCGAUCACACAUUGCAAAAUAAGAACGGCUACUAUGCAAUGAUAGACUCAAAUAACCAAGCCGGACAACAAAAGGCUAGGGUGUAUAGUGAUGUUAUACCGCCCCCUGCAGUCACAUCCUGUAUAGAGUUUUGGUACUUUAUGUACGGUUUCCAUGUCAACACACUCAACGUUGGCACAGGCAUUGACGAUGGAGUAACAGAUGGGGGAAUAUUGUGGACGCGCACAGGGGAGCAGGGAUACCAAUGGGUGCAUGGUCAAGUACCCUUUGCUACCAAUGCCAUCUACCAGAGGGUAUAUAUUGAGGGCGUGGCCGGGGAUGGUUACCAAGGUGACAUAGCCAUUGAUGACGUCAUCAUAUCAGAUGGGCCUUGCCCCGAACUUUUGUUUUGUGACUUUGAAGACAUCACCAUCUGCAACUACGUGAAUGACAACACUGAUUCUCUCGACUGGUCCAGAGAGAAUGGACGAGCAUCUAUUGCAUUCACCCCUCCCAUAGACCACACCCUGGGUACCAACGAUGGAUUCUAUAUGAGAGUCAACACUGGACAGCGCCCCCAAAUUGGAGAUAACGGUCGCUUGUUAUCACCUCCUUACCCCAAGCCAUUGAGUGGUUACAGAUGUGUUGAAUUCUGGUAUUCCUUGAGUGAUAUAUUUGGUAUUUUCACUGUGCAAGCCCUUUUUUAUGAUGACGCAGGCCAGCUCAUGCCAAAUUCAAUAGGUCGAAGUUUUACGGAUCCAACAUCAGGUUUCUGGCGGAAGGGAUCUCUAGAAAUAUCUUCUACUUACCAGAAUGUCUUCACCUUCAAGAUCGAUGUCCAGUCUGCUCUCUUGGAUGAAUACAUUGCACUGGAUGAUGUCAAGGUCAAUGAUGGCCAGUGCACUGGACAACCAGGAACUUGCAAUUUCGAGGUCGACACAUGUGAUUGGUCGAACGUGCAAACCGGAGACGAGAUAGACUGGUUACGUCACAGUGGGUCAACCGGAAGUGUUUACACCGGACCGAACUUUGACCACACCACUGGGACGCCCUCUGGAUGGUACAUGUAUAUUGAUUCAACCCGCGGCGGGCAGGGAACCCGUGCAAGGUUUGAGUCUUCAAGCAUAGAUGCGACCAAUGGUGUUGCCUGCUUUUCCCUCUGGUAUCACAUGGUAGCAAGUGGCUCUAACUUUGGCACUCUGAAUGUUGCAUGGGAGACUGCUGAUCGAACUGAAAUAUUACUGGCUUACACUGGCUCUCUACCUGACCAAUGGAACUAUGGUGAAUUCAAUCUCCAGACAUCCACACAGUAUAGGAUCCUCAUAGAGGGCAUCCUAUCGGCCCAAGGUUCUUCUGACAUUGCGAUUGAUGAUCUGAUACUGUUCAAUGGAGCCUGCAGCGGCCGGACCACGGAGCCUCCCUUCCCCUGUAACGACGGCUCACAGACUGUCCCAGGAAACCUGGUCUGUGAUUGGUUCCCUGACUGCCAAGAUGACUCUGAUGAAGCUAACUGUGGAUCCUGCACAUUUGAAUCAGACCAGUGCGGUUAUACCAACGACCCUACGGGCCUGUUUCCAUGGAUACUACAGGGAGGAUCGACCACGCCCCCUCCCAGCCUCCCCUUACCCAGUUCAGAUCACACAACUGGGUCUGGUUACUAUAUGGUGGUAGACUACACUGCACAGUCACAGAGCAGUGACUAUGCAAGGCUACAGGGACCUCUUAUACAGGAGACAAGUGCACGUUGCACCAUGACCUUUUACUAUGUCUUAAGUGGACAAAGUGAUUUAAUGGUGUCUUUUAAAUCCUCACCAAGCGAAGAGACGAUCAUCUAUCGGCGAUCAGAGCCCCGAGGGACAGCCUGGCAGCAAGCUGUCCUAUACACUGGUCGAAUUCAGUACCAACACACGAUCAACUUCCUCGCCCUUCCCAACCUCAGCAAUCCUGGUAUCAUCGCCAUCGAUGACGUCGCCUUCAUUAGCUGCUCGCUUCCUCGUCCGGAGACAUCAUGCGAUAUCGACGAGUUCCGAUGCUCCAACAGAGCUUGCAUCAACCUUGAGUUCCUUUGUGAUUACGAUGAUGACUGUGGCGACUAUUCUGAUGAACUUCAAUGCGAUUCCACAUCCUUUACUGGCCGAUGUGAUUUCGAGACCGAUCUCUGCUCCUUCGCCCCUCUCCCCGGUGACUUCGCCUGGACCCGUACGUCGGCCGCUCUUGUCGCUGACCAGUCGUACGCCCCAACCCGGGAUCAUACUACGAAUAAUAAAGGAGGAUUCUAUCUGCUGGCGGAUAGCUUGGGAAGGCAGAGGGGUGAUGUUGCCAGGGUUGUAUCCCCUGUGUUUGAAGCAACAGGACUCAUCACCACCUGUACUAUACGGUUCUUUUUCUCUGCCUUUGGCCCUGACGUCGGAGUAUUCAACGUCUACACGCGGUACACAGUAGGAGGACCUUUGACGUUGUUAUUAACUAUUAGUAACUACGCUAUAGAUAGUUACACAUUCUUUACGGAAUCCAUCAUUACAAAUGCUGACUAUCAGGUGGUGAUGGAGGCGGUGGUUGGUGACGGACAGAGUGCAACAAUCGCCAUCGACGAUAUCAGUUUCUUGAACUGCCCCCUUUCGACUCAGACCUCCCUCCCCGGGGGCUCGACGCCCCCUAUCCCCACAACCCGGCCUGCCUGUCCAUCCUCGAGUGACUUCAGCUGUGGGGAAGGGACAUGCGUACAGCAGGCUCAGUUGUGUGAUUUCAUUGAGCAGUGUCCGAAUGGAGCUGAUGAAAAAAUUUGUGGGAACUGUGAAUUUGACAAUGAUUUCUGUAGAGGAGAUAACUUUGGAUGGCAGCGAACUUUGGCAGGAUCAGGCGGUGAUUCUUUGGACCGCGACCACUUCUACGACCCUCUUGUGCCUGGAUGGUACCUCCAGAACAUCUUUGGCUACAACUCCUUUGUGACCCCUGACCUUGGUCCUACGGGGUCAAGAUGUCAGGUCACAUUCUACUAUUACAUGAGCAGUGACCUUGAGCUGCUUGAAGUGAGGGCGUACCUUAUCGACGGGGACCAAAUCUUCCUGGUGAGGGGGACGGAGAACCCAGGAACGUGGCAGCAAGGGGUUGGGUAUAUCGGAGAGCAUAAUGGUAGAAUACAGGUGAGCUUUGAUCAUGUCUAUCUGAAUCCUGUCCAGCCUACCACAUACACUGUUGCCUUAGACGGUAUCUCCUUCCUUAACUGUGCUGCUAGUCAAACUAUUUCAUCAGAUUUGAACUGUACAUUCGAGCAAGAUUUAUGUGGGUACUUCCAAGUUCCAAGUCCUGAUGAUGAUUUUGAUUGGACCAGGAACAGGGGAUCAACCGGAACUACUUCUACAGGACCAUCAUUUGACCAUACCACUGGAACAGGUUAUUACAUGUACACUGAAAUGAAUGGAAACUCUAAUGGCGAGAAGGCCCAGCUGGAGUCCCAUCCACAGCCACCCCCAGAUGAUAAUGGAAUCUGCCUGAGUUUCUAUUACCACAUGUAUGGGCCGUAUGUGAACACGCUCAAUGUUGUGUUAAAAGAGGGGAGUUUAGAGACUUUGAUCUGGAUGCGCAAGCAGACGCAAGGAAAUCAAUGGCUACUUGCUCAGCGGACUAUUAAAACAUCUUCGAGUUGGGCAAUUGUCUUUGAAGCUUUCCGAGGAGCAAACAAUUUUGGAGAUAUUGCAAUUGAUGACGUCAUUUUCUAUCCAGGACCUUGUCCCUUAUCAAAUGAGUGUGACUUUGAGUUUGGACUAUGCGCUUGGUCACAAGGAAGAGACGAUGAUUUUGAUUGGUCGAUUGGCAGUAAUGGUUCUCCAGCUGCUGGAACAGGACCACCAGUGGAUCACACCACAGGAACCGCUCAAGGUAUGUUCGCAUACAUGAGCACAGCGCCACCACGCUCUCAAGGCGAGUUUGCUCGCCUGGUCAGCCCUGUGUUUCAGCCCACCUCCACACAAUGUCUUUCUUUCUGGAGCCAUCUCGAUGGCGAUGGUGUCGGAAUGUUGAAUGUAUGGGCGCAUGAUCUCGUCAGUGAUGUAUACACUAAGCUGUGGACACAAAAUGGACAUGACCACGAUGCAUGGCAUCACGGACGUGCUACCCUAUCAGCUUCGCAUCCGUAUGAGGUUAUCAUAGAGGGCAUCCUAGGAUCUAACCCUGUUGGAACUAUUGCCCUUGAUGACGUCAAAAUAUCUGAUGGGCCAUGUCCCCGAGCUGGCUUCUGUGAUUUUGAGACCGAUAAGUGUUCCUGGUCCAACGAAGCUAGUCUUGAUACAAGAGAUUGGCUAAGGAACAAUGGAGCCACUCCCUCUAACUUCACUGGACCAAGCAUUGAUCAUACAUAUGGAACCGCUUUUGGUAUGUACAUGUACUUUGAGGCCUCAGAUCUUGGAUCUGGGUCCAGCGAUGGUGACUUUGCCUGGUUAGUCAGUGAACAUUUCCACUCAUCAUCAGGCGCUUGUUUGUACUUUUGGUAUCACCUGUACGGCACAGGUAUAGGCGACCUGAAUGUCUAUGUGAUAGACUCAUCUGGAACAUUCACCCUCCUAUGGCAAAUGACAGGGGACCAGGGGAAUGUAUGGUUAAAGGGAGAGGCUCAAGUACCAAGUAUGGAUGAAUUCCAGAUCGCAUUUGAAGCUGUGUCGACUGGUGCUAUAAAGGGAGAUAUAGCAAUUGACGACGUUGAUGUAGACCCAUACUCGUGUGGAACUAGUCCUUCGUCCAUUCCUGUGAUAUCAAUGGACUGUACGUUUGAGCUCGACACAUGCUCUUAUACACAAGUCAGCAGUGACGAUUUUGAUUGGACAAGAAACCAGCAAGCCACGCCCAGUAUAGAAACAGGCCCCACCUACGAUCACACCACUGGGUCAGGCUGGUACAUGUAUAUCGAAGCGUCCAACGGCAAUAAUGCUGGUGACCGCGCCCAACUUCUUGGCCCCGCCCAGAACCCAACGGGAGACACGCCCAAAUGUCUGGUGUUCUGGCUUCAUAUGUACGGACCACACAUCAAUCGGUUUAAUGCUUACUUGCAGCGGGAAGGGCAGCAAGAUGCGAAGAUCUACACUAAAUAUGGCUCGCAGGGAAGUGAUUGGUUUAAAGCUCAGAAAGAAAUUGUGUCAUCAAUGAACUGGAAUAUCCUGUUUGAAGGCGUGGUUGGCGAUAACUACUUAGGAGACAUCGCUCUUGAUGAUGUUAUAUUGUAUGACGGAGCAUGCCCACAAGAAGUUACCUGUGACUUUGAGCUGGACUUCUGCGGCUGGACCCAGGACCAGACAGAUGAGUUUGAUUGGACCAGGGACGCUGGAGGAACAGGAUCUAGUAAUACAGGACCGAGUUACGACCAUUCGACAGGCACAUCAGAAGGAUUCUACGCGUAUAUUGAAGUUUCAUCACCAAGAGUACAGGGUGACCGAGCAAUCCUCGUCAGUCCCACAUACCAGGAUACAAGUAGUGAAUGCUUCAGACUCUGGUAUCAUCUACUUGGGAAAGCUAUAGGACAGCUGAAUGUCUAUAUCAAGGAUGAGGUGACAGGGACAACGAGCGCUCCACUGUUCAGUAAAUCAGGUCCUCCUUCAGAUGCCUGGCGCUUUGCUCAAAUCGACAUCUCCUCGCCCCAUCGCUACCGGAUCCUUGUCGAGGGGGUUAGAGGCAGUGGUGUACAGGGAGAUAUUGCUAUUGACGAUAUUGAGGUCAUCCCAGGGGCCUGUCCAAAGCAAGGGUCAUGUGACUUUGAAGAUGGUCUAUGUGGCUGGUCCCAAGAGGUCCAGAAUGAUGUCUAUGAUUGGCUCAGGACUAGUGGGUCUACACCAAGUGGAGGGACUGGACCAAGUCAGGAUCACACUACAGGAUCAGCUGCAGGAUUCUAUGUAUACUUUGAGACCUCUCUACCAUCCAUUCAGACCAGUGACAAUGCGGUGCUCAACAGUGAACAUUUUGACCCUACCAAUGAAGGCUGUCUUACUAUGUGGUACCACAUGUAUGGUGCAGGUGUUGGGGAGUUAAAUGUGUAUUCAGUGAAUAACUCAGGAUCACAGGUUCAGUUAUGGUCUAAGAGUGGUGAUCAAGGAAAUGUGUGGCUGAAAGGACAGGUUCCUCUUUCAAGUGAUACUGAAUUCAGGAUCCAACUAGAAGCUGUCUAUUUAAUUGAUUCAACUGGUGACAUUGCCAUUGAUGAUGUAGAUGUUGAAAUGGUACCAUGCUCUCAACUCACGACUGCAGCACCGACACCGUCCACUACACCAACACCAGCUCCAGUCAUAUCUCUCUGUACAUUUGAGAUUGAUAUGUGUGAAUUCACCCAGGAUGAUGUAGGGGAUGAUUUUGAUUGGCUAUGGAUUUCGGGGGCCACACCCACUCUAGGGACUGGGCCACAGGUUGACCACACCCUCACAAACAUUAAUGGGUAUUACAUGUAUGCGGAAGCCGAUGGACAUCUACUCGGUGAGCAUGCAUCACUUUUGUCAGUUCCCAUGACGACAGGCUCCCAAGGAAUGUGUGUUACAUGGUGGUAUUAUAUGUACGGCUCGGAUGUAAAUCGUUUGGAGGUAUACGCCCAGAGGAGCGGGGGCGCUGAUGAAGUGUUGUGGAGUAGAUCUGGAGACCAAGGAAAUGAGUGGAUGGUUGGACAGGUUUAUGUGACCGGAGAUUUUCUAAUAAAGUUUACUGGCGUUGUUGGAAACGGUGUGAGAGGGGACAUUGCUAUUGAUGACAUCACAAUGAGCAGUGGUCAAUGCCCUGCAUCAGUAUCAUGUGACUUUGAACAAGGUGACCUGUGCGGAUUCCAGCAAGAUGUAACGGAUGAUGGAGAUUGGAGAUUAGCAACAGGUGCAACAACCACCCUCGUCUAUGGUCCUGAUGUAGACAGUACAUACCAAACGGCACAAGUAAACCUGUCUUACUGGUUCUGUCACUGCAAUUGA